AUGACGACUGCUUUCAAGAAAGCUUUGGCUCGGACAACAGAAGAGGCAGACUUUUAUUCUACCGGAGGCUUCCAUCCCGUAUCGCUUGGAGACACUUUCAACUCUGGCACAUACAAAGUGAUGAGGAAGCUAGGCUACGGGCAGUAUUCUACCGUCUGGUUAGCUAGGGAUUCCAAGGCUCAGAAGUAUGUGGCGCUCAAAAUCCUAAGAGCCGACUGCUACGGAGGAUCGCAUGACAUAUUCGAGCGAGAAAUCCUCUCGAGGCUAUCCGAUAUUUCCAGGAAAAGCGACCAUGGAGGCCGACACCACGUGUUACCCCUUCUGGAUCAAUUCAAACACGAAGGGCCAAACGGACAACAUGUAUGCUUCGUGUUCGAUGUGUUGGGUCACCACUUGGAUUUUCAAACCGCAAAAUACGAAGAUGGGAGAUUGCCUCUUAAGGCAGUAAAAAUAAUAGCGCGUCAGCUUUUACUAGGGUUGGAUUUCCUCCAUAGGGAGUGUGGAAUCAUUCAUACCGGUAUUGCUAUGCGUUGCGAAUCGCCUCUUACUCACUAUAAUAGUGCUAAUUACGGUCGACACAUAGAUCUAAAACCCACGAAUAUACUACUCGAGCUGGAAACUCCAGAAGAAACUAUUGAAAAAUAUCUAUCAGAAAUCCCUGCACGGGUCAGUCAUGAACGUGGUGUCACCAAGCCACUCCGAGAGGUCAUCAGGACACCGCUCAUCUCGGAAAUGCUUGAACCGCGCAUCAGAAUAGUUGACUUUGGUGUUGCUUCUUGGUCAGACAACCACCUGUCGGAUGUAGUCCAAUCUCCAGCUUUACGAGCACCAGAAGUCACAAUCGGUGCGCAUUGGGAUGCUAGUAUUGAUAUCUGGAGCCUCGGUUGCCUUGUUGUUGAGUUUGUUCAGGGGAUAGUGCCUUUCUCUGGAGCGGCGUCAAAAUACGGUUCGUGGACGGUUGAUGAUGACCGGCUUGCAAGGACAAUCGAAAUACUUGGUAAUUUCCCGCCUGAGCUUCUUCGAAAAGGAAACAGGUCUGCGGAGUUCUUUAACACGAGUGGCGGCCUCCUUCGAAUUUCAGAUCUAAAACCGACGAGUCUUGAAAGGCUUAUAGAUGGCACUGAGCGGCCUUUCCUCAAACCCAACGACAUGUCCGACGCUGAAACUCCCAUAUUCAUCGAUUUCCUUCGAGGUAUGCUUACAAUUGACCCGGCACAUCGAAAGUCGGCCGCAGAGCUGCUGCAGCAUGAAUGGUUUAAAAUGUAA